AUGACCCAGAAGACCGCGUUCCGAGGGUCCUGUAAGAAGUCUGUGAUGCCAUGGUAUUGUAGAUCUCUGAAGACUGAAGAGAUGCGUGUAAAACUGUCGUCAGAAAAGAUUUGGAUGUAUUGUGGAAAAGCCCUGCGCCAUGAUGAAGGUAAGAUAGUCAUGUUAUUUAACUUUGGUGUAUGGCAAAUUGCAUCACAGUUUAGACUCAGGGGCAGGAAUGGAGGGUUAUUGAUUCAACGAACAGAAGACGCUGUACAUAAAGAAUACGCGUAA